AUGGCCACUCGAUACGCUUGCACACAAAUGUCACAGGACCGCUACCUCAUUGUGAAGUUUCCCGAAGAAAAUGAUGCCGUUGCUGUAGUUCCUGUCGCCUGGGUCGUAAACGGACUUUGUGCGUGGCCGCCUGAGAAAGAUAGUGUGAAGAUACAGCACAUGGUCAAGACAUGUCAGACGCCAGUGAACGGUUGGAAGCUCUGCCAGUGCAAGAGACUCAGGGGAUAUUGCACCUACGAAGAGGCCAGGACAAGGCUAGCUCAAGCGGAAGAAACAUCAGAUCUUCAAAGUGAAGUGGAGGGGCCACGAAAAAGAAAGAAGAAGGCACCACGUGACUCUGACGUCAGUGACUAUGAGGAAUGGGACGAGACUGAACGAAGACCUCAUGAGCCGACAGCUAGAAGAAGCCCUUCUAUCAACACGUCUCUCGGUACUACAUCCUGGAGUGAUGAAGUCGAGGACAUCUCCAGAUCAACAGUUUGCUCAGUUGUAAAUGACAAGUUUCAUCUAGAGAUACUGAGGCUUCUGCAUGCCAUCAAGAUGAAACAAGAACAACAUACGACCCAACUUGACACUCUGGUGUCAUUAGCUACAAACUCGGGAGUGGCCGUGCCCGAGACAGAUGAUGUGACUGAAGGCCCCUACAGCAGUUUGGAUGACUUCCUGAAGUUCGAUUCAUCCCUGACCUCCAGCACAACAAGAGGAAAAAUAAAGCGUUUCUGGUCAAGUUUUGGAGGAGCAACAGUCCACGACGCAGCCACAAGGAUCCUGAGGCUGCUCUGCACAGAUAAUGUGGCCGCUAACUUUAGCUGGCAGGGUGCGAAAGGGAAGCUCAAGUUCUGCGAACUAGAGUCUUGGGCAGUGCUGCGAGAUGCUGUCAGGUCUAACAAGCGGCUGAAGGAAACAACAGACUUUGACAUCGAAAAGGUUGUCAAGUCUUGGCUUCGUCAUGCUAAGGAACGGGACCACAAGAGAACAAGGGAGGAGCCUUUAUAGUCUUGUCAACAAAGCAACUAACAAGUAACCUUUCCA